AUGCAAUUGUCCAGUUACGAAAAUUUAACUCAAGAGAAUAUUAUUUUUAAUGAACCUAAGGAGUACAAAGUAAAAGACAGCAAAAUCAAAUACAAGCGUAUUCCAAUUGAAGUCAAAUAUCAAAACGGAAAGAAAGGACCACUUGUAAUUGAAACUCCAGUUCUUUUCUCUUUUGGAGUAAAUGAAAAGAAAAACCAAGAAACAAACAAGUUAGUAGGUUACUCUAUGCCAGUAUGUCUUUGGGCUAAAGGUAGUGAGCCGAGUACUAAAGAGCGUGUAUUUUUUGAUGUUAUUAAUAAUAUAACAACUGCCUCUCAGCAAUAUUUAGAGAAUGAAUACGGUGCAGAUUUAGCAUCAACUCUAUCUUCACCAUUUUAUUUCAAACAAGAAGAAUAUACAGAUAAGAAAGGAAAGAAGAAAACAAGAAUAGAUCCCUCAUCAGCACCAGUUCUUUACGCAAAACUUAUUUACUCUGAGAAAUCUAAGAAAAUUCUUUCACUAUUUAAAACAAAAGGAAAGAAGGAUUUAAAUCCUUUCAAAUAUAUCAAUCAGUACUGCAAUGUUAAAAUGGCUUUGAUUGUUGAAGGAAUCUUUAUAAGUAAGACUGUAACAUCUUUACAAAUAAAAGUACAUGAGUGCUAUGUCAAACCAUUAAAACCUAGGGAAUCUUUACUAACAAUUGAAGAGGAAGAGAGUGAGGGUGAAGAGAUAACUGAUCAAGUAGUAGAAGACUUAUUUUUAUCUGAUAAAGAAGAAAAUGAGUAA